AUGAGUAGGGUUUUGCGCCUGGAUGGAGAGUUAUUAAGGAUAACGGUUAACGAACUAUCUAAAGUGACAGAACUCAAAGGAAUACCAUGGUCGAGGUUUACCGAACUAAAUCGCAUUCUCAAGGGUUUUCGUACACAUGAAAUGACAGUUCUCUCUGGAAAUACAGGGGUUGGUAAAACGACUUUCCUGUGUGAAUAUUCUCUUGAUCUCGCGGAGCAAGGAGUCCCUACAUUGUGGGGUAGUUUUGAAAUGCCUCUUCGAAAAGUGUGCAAGACGUUAGUUCAGCAAUUUGCUGGUGAACCGCUAGAUCCACCUGUACCUAGUAGAAUCGCAGAUUGGGCACGCAUGUUUAGUCAAAAUAUUCCCAUUUAUUUCAUGAACCUGCAUGGGACUCAAAAUGUAGCAGAAGUAUUGAAGACUAUGGAGGUUGGAAUUAAGGAUGUCGGUGUAGAACAUAUAGUACUAGAUAAUAUUCAAUUUCUUUUGGGAGCUGGUGACGGUAAUUUCAUUGAGCGAUUUCAACGUCAAGAUAAUUUUGUACAAAAAUUACGAUCUUUUGCUACGGAUAAUAACGCCCACAUUACAAUUGUAGCUCAUCCUAGAAAGGAAGAAGUUAAUCGUCUGCUUACAAUAAACAGCUUAUACGGUGGGGGUAAACUUUCCCAAGAAGCUGAUAAUGUAAUGUUUAUUCAAUCAGAAACAACUACAUCUAUACCGAAGAAGUACUUACAAGUUGUAAAAAAUCGUUAUGAUGGAACAUUGGGUAGUAUGGAUUUGAAUUUCCGUAAAGAUCGUCUCUCCUAUAGACCACGUGCACGUGA